UCAAACCAAAGCCCGUGAUCUUUGAAACUAUAAACUUGCUCCACGUUCUCUCAUUUAAUUUGAGUCCACCGUGAUUAGCGGCUGAACGCACGUGCUGCCACUUAACGAACCCUCACGCGCCGGCGCUGCGUUGACCCGACUCACCUGCUGACAUGGCCGAGCCUCGACGGAGCCACUUCACCACGCUGCCCUGCGAGCAGCGGCCUCCGGCCCAGAAGCCGCCGGGUGGACGUCCGGCGGACGAAGCCCGACCCGCCGACACCGGCACAGUCCGGCUGGUCCUCGCCUUGUUCGAGCCCGACGACGGGAGCUUCCCGGAGUUCAGCUACAGCCAGCUGCUGGAGAGCGAGAUCAGUCACACAAAACCUAAAGUCCCACAGAGCAGGUCUGAAGCGGAGAGAGAGGACGAUGAGGCGGCUGCUGUCGCGAGGAAGCUGGAGGCAAAAUAUGGUGGAAAAUCUAGGAAGAGGGACCGUCUUCAGGAUCUGAUUGAUAUCGGAUACGGUUACGAUGACGAGGACUCUUUCAUCGACAACUCUGAAGCUUAUGAUGAGUUUGUUCCGGCCUCCAUCACCACCAAGUUUGGUGGUUUCUACGUGAAUUCCGGUUUGCUGCAGUUCCGCCAGGCGUCCGACACAGAAACCGACACCGAGGACUUCACAGCACAAGAAAAAAAGCAUAAACUGAAUAACAGACAAGGGAAGCCGAAGAGGAAGCGACGCCGACAAAAUGAAGAGAUCAAAAGCGGUUUGGAUCCUCAGCCAACCACUUUGUCUGACAUUGGACCAACAAAGUGGAAGAAGAAGAAGGCGGCGGGGACCCUCAGCGUCACCAGCAUGCUGCGAAAGUUUCAGAGAGAGAAGGAGAAGGAGCGUCAGAAAGUGGAGAAGGCCAAUCAGAGGGCGGCCGCGAGCGCCGCUGCAGCCGCCGUGUUUCCGUGUCUGGUUCCGGUUCCGGCCGACGCGGCCGGAGGCGGCGCUUUGGGAACGACCGACCCGCUGCUCAGUCUGAUCGGAUCCACCAACGACCACGCUCUCAUCCAGGCAGCCAGCGCCGUGGACUUCGACAUUGACCUCGACUCUUUAUUAGAUGUCAGCGAAGAGACGCUGCUGCCAAAAGCACCUCCUCCACCGGCAGAGACACAACCUGCAGAACCGGCAGAGAGUCCGAACCCGUUGACGCCGGCGCGUCAAAAGGCUCAUUUACAACAGGAACGGCUGCAGCCAGAGGCCGCGUCGCCUCCGCCUGCGGUCCCUCUGCUGGAGGGACUCGCCCCCGGGUUGGAGGAUGCCAUUCACAGACUCCUGCUGGCUGCGAAGACCUCUGAGGGCGAGUCGAAGCUCAAGUUCUUCACUGCAGAAGUGAACUCCAUCCUGCUCGACAUUGAGCUGAAGUGCCGGGAGCGGGGCGGCCAGGUGCGCUCCAAGGUGUUCGCACACCUGUCGUCCUUCCUGCCCUGCAGCAAAGACACGCUGCUCAAACGGGUCAAGAAGCUGCUGGCCGCGCACGCGACGGAAGCUCCCGACGCGCAGGAUCCCAUUCAGAAGCUUAAGGAGGCCGUCAGCAGAGCUAUGAGUGAGCAGAUGGCGCGUUACCAUGAGACCUGCCGCGCGCACGAGACAGUCAAGGUCUCAAAGGCAGCAGAGAGCAGGAAGGACGGCCGCGCUGCCACCGAGGACAAUGUGGAGGAGAAACAUGGGAAGAGAGGAGGCCCCAAGAAGCUGUUCAAGUGGGAUCAGGAGAUCCGACAAUGUUUGUGCCAUGUCUUAAAGCCAAGAAUGGAGAAGUUUACAAAGGAAAGAAAUGGCCAAGAGAUGGAGGAACACCUGAAGACUUUCCUGGACAAUGAGGUGAAGCCCCUUUGGCCCAAAGGAUGGAUGCAGUCCAGGGUCCUGAUGAAGGAGAGCAGGAACCUACUGGGUCUCCUCACGUCACUACCAGUAAAGAAGUCCCGGUCUGAUAAGAAGCAGUCGGCGGCUCUGCAGGGAACUCAACCCCUAAAAGACCUUCAAGAACCCGACGUUGAGAGCUCAAAUAUCCCCGAUUUGCCAGCGCUUUGUGCAGUGAGGAGCGAAGACGCUACCCUGAAACCGCCGGCAGCGGCCGCUCGUCGUUCCUCUGCGUCGGUGGAGUCGCGGAAGCCUCUGCCCGGCGCCCCGGCGCCUCCCGCCCGUUCACUCCUGGACCUGCUUGCCGACCAAGCGCUGGCCCAGGAGCCACCGCUGCCCGUCCCUCAGGAGCUUCUGACGGCGGCCGUUGCCAAGUUUCAGCCUUCAGUGGAGCAGUGGAGGUUCGGCCUGGACGGGAGCAGCCCUCCGCUCCCCCCCCCCCCGCCUCAGUGCAGCCCCGUCGGGUUCCCGCUGACUGGGACCUGUCCUGUGGUUGUGCCCCAGCUGCUGCAGGAUGGAAACAUGGCCAUGGAUGCCAUGCAGGCCACUUCUAAUGAGGACGACACAGCCGUUGAAUGACGGAGCUCAUACUGAUUCAGAACGUGACCAGCAUCACAAAGUGGGAGUAAAAAUGAAGAAACAAACUAAAAAAAAUAAAGUUACACUGCUAAUAUGAAA